AGGAAACCGGAACCUCUGGGCCGACCGUGCCUAUUUCCGGAGGGAGCGUGGGUCCAGGAGUCAACUUUGGUGUUGCUAGGGAUCUGGCUUCUGACUCCCUCUUUUCUACCAGAGUCACGGCGGCGAAGAAGCCGAGGCGGCGGCGAUGAGACAGAAGCACUAUCUCGAGGCUGCGGCGCGAGGCUUACGAGAUAGCUGCCCGGGCCAAGCCCGCUAUCUCCUUUGGGCCUACUCUUCGUCACACGAUGACAAGAGCACUUUUGAAGAAACAUGUCCAUAUUGUUUCCAGUUGUUGGUUUUGGAUAACUCUCGAGUGCGCCUCAAACCCAAGGCCAAAUUGACACCCAGAAUACAGAAACUUCUUAAUCGAGAAGCUAGAAAUCAUACACUCAGUUUUAAAGAAGCAAAAAUUGUGAAAAAGUACAGAGACUCCAAAAGUGUAUUGUUGAUUACUUGUAAAACUUGCAACAGAACAGUUAAACAUCAUGGUAAAAGUAGAAGCUGUCUAUCAGCAUUGAAGAACAUUCCUGCCACUCCUACAAGUAAGCUCAGCCUGAAGAUACCAGAGAAAAAGAAUCCAAGUUCCACAAAUGUAAAUCAUGACGUAUCUGGUUCCAAAAGCAAGAGCCCAGCAUGGAUUUUCAGAACACUGACAUCUGGCCAGUCAACACCCAUUUGCUCCUCAAAGAGUGCGAACAAAAGAAAAAAACACUUCUCUCAACUAAAAAUGUUGCUUACUCAGAGCGAAUCCCAAAAUAAUCCAAAGAUGGAUUUCAGAAAUUUCUUAUCUUCACUGUGAAGGCUGGACUUUGAAAAUAAAGAAAUGUCUACUGUAAUUUCUGAAACUACUGUUAGUAAAACAACUUUUUAAACUUUUAUUUAUUUGAAUAAAUGGAAACUAGGUUCAAGAGCAAACCUUUCUUGGCAUCAUUCAGUGUUUAUGGGGAAAAUCUGUCAUUAGAAUGAAUAACUGACUUCACAAGGUGCUUGUGUGGACUACAGUGUAUGAAAGGUGCUUCUCUUCCUUUUGUUUUUAGAACUUUUCAUUAUUUGUCACUUUGUUUCAAAAGGAAAUUGAAAACUCCAUGUGAAAGAUCUGUUCACUCAUGAAGUUUUUUGUGUGUGUCUGUAGCCUUACUGCUAAUUCAAAAAAAAAGACCAGGAAAACAAAUAUCCUUGUUUCAACACCAUCGUGGGCAUAAUAAAUAUAUAAGUAAAAUCUAAA